UCUUCCCGUAAUAUCUAUGGCCAGAUAUAGGUCGUUUGAAUAAACAAGAUAGAUUAUGUUAGUCUUUAUGAGGUUUUUGAGCAAUGUCGCCUCUUACUAAUGGUUUUUACAUAUCUCAAAUUCGGUGCAGUUCACCCUUUUCAGUGUAAAUCUAAUCUGAUGCGUGCAGCAACGCCCCAUCGACUGCCACCUUGUAAAGGAAACGACAACCAGCUAGCUAGCCUCUGUUUACAAUUUUGUGGAACAGAAUUAUUCGUGACCUGCCGUGCAAAACUGUGACUUUUUGUAUCUCAGAAGUAUGGCGGAGUUACACGUUGUGGAGCCGAGUGGGACUGGCAUCCUAGAACAAUCAGAGCACCGUGAAAUUCGCGGCUCGGUAAGGCUUCCAUCGCCCACUCUCGUCAUUCCCCCUCGGAGCGGCUCGUCCAGUCCAGGGGUGUCCAGUUCCAGAGCUGUGUUUGGGUACCCCAUGAAGAGCCCUACGACCCCGUCAGAUCAGACAGAGAAACCGGGAUCCCGAUGGGUCAGGCUGAACGUCGGCGGAACCUACUUCGUCACUACAAAACAGACACUAUGUAGAGAUCCUAAAUCAUUCUUGUAUCGAUUAUGUCAAGACGACCCAGAUUUGGAUUCUGACAAGGACGAGACAGGAGCCUACCUAAUAGACAGAGACCCAACAUACUUCGGCCCCAUCUUGAAUUACUUGAGGCACGGAAAGCUAAUCAUCAACAAGAACCUGGCGGAGGAAGGUGUGCUGGAGGAAGCGGAGUUCUACAACAUCGCAUCCCUGGUCAGACUGGUGAAGGAGAGGAUACGAGACAACGAAAACAGGACGUCACAGGGCCCUGUGAAGCACGUCUACCGGGUGCUGCAGUGUCAGGAGGAGGAGCUGACUCAGAUGGUCUCCACCAUGUCGGACGGCUGGAAGUUCGAACAGCUCAUAAGCAUCGGCUCGUCCUAUAACUAUGGCAACGAGGACCAGGCGGAGUUCCUGUGCGUGGUGUCACGCGAGCUCAACAACUCCACCAACGGCAUCGUCAUCGAGCCCACCGAGAAGGCUAAGAUCCUUCAGGAGAGAGGCUCUCGGAUGUGAGGAGUAACACAGCAAGGAGCCGCGCACCUCUGCCUCCCUAAAAGCCCUGAUCCAAAUUAAAACCCCACCCCACUACAACAACCCCACCACACCACACCCCACCCCACCCCACUACACCACCAUCACAUUGCCCUUAGACGGAGCCUCGAGCUCACCCUGCCUUCAUGCAUGCCCCGACGUCUUCUCUCAACGCCCCUUUUCCCCAUCAUCAUCAUCAUCAUCAUCAUCCACACACACACAUACACACCUACUACACACACACUUACACGUCACUUACACAUCCACACCCCCUUGUGCCUUUCUGUGGGCGGGGCCGAGCAAAAAAAAGAAAGAAAACAAAAAAACGCCCGCCCUCUCUGCAGUGCUGCAACAUCUUGCUGUCAUCACCUACCAACCACCAUCAGCACUAGACAAUAUUCAGCACAUACACAGAGAUACACAGUAUAUGGACACACAAACACACACAUACACUUGCAUUUGUUUUGUGUUUGUGCACGAUGUAACUAAAAGUGGAACUCAUGUCCAGGAAAUUUAAAGGUCACUUAUCAUCAUCAUCAUCUUCAUCUCUUAUCAUCACCGCGUUUAGAGAGGAGCCUUCGCAUCACUCCCAGCAGAGGUGGCAUCGUGGGAUAUACAACUGACAUAUUUUAUUUUACUUUUCCCAUUUGACCCACUUCACUUCUGCUGAGGAGUGUGGCUCUUGUGUGUUUGCGAGUGUGCAAGUGUGUGUAUCCGAUCGCAUGAGUGUGUGAACAAACUGAGUUUUCUCUCACCCUCCCGUCUCACACCUCACCUUGACUAGUUAGCCUGUAAUGCUCUCUCUUCUCUUCUCUUCUCUUCUCUUCUCUUCUCUUCUCUUCUCUUCUCUUCUCUUCUCUUCUCUGUCCACUGACAUUCAUUUUUGCUCUCCUCCUAUUCUGUCCCCUUUCACGGCCUUCUCCACCGUUGUGUCCCCCUAAGGACUUUGGCACGGACACAGAACACGACUGACUGCUGGCCCAGCGCACGCACACACACACACACACACACACACACACACACACACACACACACACACACACACACACACACACACACACACACACACACACAGAGACAGCAGUCCCUCUCUCACAGACAGGAAAAACGGAUUUUGAAGGACUCUUCACACUUCUCACUUUGCCUUGGAAAACUGAAUUCAUCCAUGUAGGAGGAGAUAUCUUGCCACAGUGCUCCUACUCCUUCGUGCUGCUGGACACUUGUCACUAGUCACCGAUGAAAAAAGAAAAAGCAAGAGAGCUGGCAACGAAAAGGGAGAAAAAUAUAUAUUUUCCCCCUCCACUCAGGUCAGCGUGUCUGUCUCCAAUGGCAACAUGGUCUGCUUAACCUGCAUCUCACCUGCCCCCUCCCACCCCCCCACUGGACAUUUCAGUAACAGCACUGAGAGGAUCACACGGAACCAAUCGGAGGGGGGAAACUAAAAAAAUAUGUGCAAUUGUGAGGCAUGUGAGAUUUAUUAUUAUAAAAUGUGGAUUGAUAUUAUUAUUAAUAAUAAUAACACAGAAGUAUAUAUAAAUAUAUAUACAAUGUAAAAGAUUGAAUGCAAACGUAACUGUUAAUAUCUGUACCAUAGUGGUCAUACGUGUAUCAAAACUGAGUUACUCUGUGUAUAGUGGGAGAACAGUCAGCGUAUUGCCCCCCCCACCACCCACUCCCAACACACCCCCAUCCCAGUUUAACCCACAAACAAAAGUGUGAGUUUAUCUUGUAUUGCGCAUCUAACUACACAUUCUGUGACCGAAAACAAAAUAAGCUUCUCCAACGUUGUGUUAUACUUUCCAUCUUGCCUUGUUUACCCAGUCACUUAAAACUGUGUGUGUUUUUAAGAUAUUAAUAUUUGUUUGUUCUCUGCAUAUCAGUUCUCGUGUUUGGCCCUUGAUUUUUUCCCCUCCUUCUCAUGGUUUUGUUUCAUUUCUCCUUGUUCCUCUUCAGAUUCUCUUAAACUUUGUGACAUUUUUUAUGGCAAACUGAAAUGUCUUUACUUUAGAGCAGUAGGGUGUGUUUUCAUUAGGAAGUUAGUCAAAGGGGACUACUUCAGAAAACAGGUUAAGCCACUUACCAGGCGAUGUUGACUUAGCGCUAGCGUUACAUCUGAAGAAAAAAGACAGCCUCCAGGCUUUGUUCUGUCUGGAGGGGAAAAAAGUACACUCUUUUAUCGGGAGCUCUGCAGCCCACUUUCAGUUACUUUAUUUUGGGUUGGUAAGUUAUCUGUGCAUCAUUCAAAUUUCUCCAGUUUUCUGAGGCCAAACCAAAGUGUGUUCAAAUUUAGGUCCCCCAUCUCAUUGACCCACCUGUGGUACAGAUCUACACCGGCACACACACGUUGGUGGUUCUUUGACUUUCAUUUUGGUCAGUGAUCGGCAGUCUGGAUCCAUUCGUUUUGCAACCCAGUGCCACAUAUUCCAAUUUAACCAGGCAGUUGCUUUGUUGAAUGAUCACCUUGGUUGAAUCGGACUGGUAAAACCAGGUCAUUUUUUAAAUAUGUGGCACUGGAUUGUAGUAACUAAUAACUGCAGCUUGCCCAUCACUAUUAUUGGUAAGCUUGCUCCUCCAUGUCCCUUCUCUGACCUGCUGUUCCCAGACUAGUCGGCUGAGAAAACUAACCAUGCCAUCAUCACGCAUGCUUCAGUUUCAGUGUCUGCUCACUCCUCUCUGUGAAGUGUUUUGGAACAGUGGGUUCUGUUUAGAGAUGGGGAAGAAACGGGACUUGGACUUUUCUGUUAUUGUCAGUCACACGUCUUUGUGCAUCCGUGCAUUUGUGUGUGUGUGUGUGUGUGUGUGUCCGUGCGUGCAUGUGUGUGGGUGUGUGUGUGUUUGCGUGUGUGUUUGCUUCUCCCCCAUUGGUGUUUUCUCUCUUCCCAUCUGGAGUUAAUGUGUUAGGUUGACCGGAAGGGCAGUGUGUGUGUGUGGCUGAACCGCAGGGUUCUCUGCCAUUUCACUGACCUGAGUGUGUGUGUGGCCGCGUGUGUGCUUGAGUGCUUGUGUCGCGUGUCUGUAUGCUUGUUUGUACUGUAUGUCCAGUGUUGUUGUGCCUUUGAUCCUUUUGGCCCCGUCUUGCGUCCAGUUUACUUUCCCUGCUGGCCAUGUCCAGUAGAGGGGCUGUUUGAUUGGGGACCACAGUGUCUCCGCAGGCCUCUUACUAUAUGGGGUGAGGGUAUUGCCACAGCCCAUGUCUUUUGUCGUGUGUGUGUGUGUGUGUGUGUGUGUGUGUGUGUGUGUGUGUGUGUGUGUGUGUGUGUGUGUGUGUGUGUGUGUGUGUGUGUGUGUGUGUGUGUACAUUUAGUCUAGAUGACUUGAUCUUUUUGCCUCUGUUACUGACUUGUGUUCUGUCACUGUGCCACCACCCUCCCUCCUCCUCCUCCUUCUUCACACUCUCCCUGCUUGUUAAGGUUGUCACUGCCUCCUUCUCUCUUUAAAAUGGGAUGGGUAAUGCAUAAGCGUUCAAGCGUGUUAUGUUUUUAGCCCUGCACAUCCAAACUGAAACAAAAACAAAGCUGAAAGCUGAUACCAUUUACUUGUAAAGGUAUAUCGUGCCAUUUGGCCUGCGUCGGUCUACGCAACAUUGAACUUGUAGAUUGUUCAGACAAGUCGAAUGUUGAAGAAAUAUCAGGUCAGGCGCCACUGAUGCUUCUUUAUCAGAUGGGAGAUGGCAACUUAUCUCAGUUGUUGCCGGAUGAAGGCCUGCAUCAAUAACUUGUCUAUUAGGAAAAUGGGUGGAUGCUAUUUAAUCAAGACUGUGUUUUUGUUUGGUUGACGCCUACCUUUCGGAACACUGUAAAGACGAUAGAAAGCAUUUAGAAAAAGUUACUGAAACAUUAUUGAAUCUACGUCAUCCUCCCUGAAAACAUUAAGAACAGAUCACUGAACCAUUAUUUAAACCCCCUCCAAUCUUUCUCAUCCUCCCUGUCUCUCUGCCAUGCACUUUCCCCUUCACCUUCAGUUGUUUGAUGUUAUACAAAAAGAUGUCAAGGCAAAAAAGUACUGUUUUCUCUGUGAUGAACGUAAUUAUUAUACUAUGUACUCUCUUACGAAACUCUGGGGAUUUAUUUUUAAAAAAGAAUUAACAAUCUAAUAUUUGGCACGAGAAAAAAAAACCUGGGAGCAUGCGUUGUAUUAGAGAUUCUAAUGUUGUGUUUGGGGAUAUGUGUGGCCUUUGUUAUCACUGUUAAGUCUAAAUGGUGCAUGGAAAUAAGACUGUCAGCGGAUAAAAGCGAGACUUGGUGUUUAAUGUGGAAUUGCUCUGCAACUCUUGUCCCAAGGAAACAAAAAUCUCCCCCACACUCCAAAAACGUUUUUGUCCAGUCUAGUUAAAAUAUAUAUAUAUAUCAAAUGAUGCUGGCUUUUAAAAGCAAAAUACUUUUCACAGUCCCAGUUGAAGUUUUUGCCCUUGUGAAAUUUGGCUUGUACUGUAGGCUGGAUGUUGUUGGCAUCUUUUGACAUACUAGGACCGGGUCUAUCAUUGCUGUGACCUUUAAUGUUUUACUGAUGGCAAAAUUCCAUGCAUAAUGAUAAAAUGGAUAGGACAGAGGGGUAUUGAUUUGGAAUCUGCCAGAAGUUUUUUUUUUUUUUGUCCGUAAUACAUCUGCAUGCUUUUGUAUACAUUCUCUCUCUCUCCCAGAAAGCAUUACGAACAUUAAGUGGGAAUUCAUUAAAAUACCGUUGUUUUGAGUGUGUUGAGUUUUUGAUCAGUAUUUGAUGUCAAAUGUGAAUUUCUGUCCGUUUGGAGACUGCGGAGUUAAGUGUUGCAGAGCCGACCAGUCUCGGUCAGAUUGUCCUCUCCUUUUUGUUUCUUUUUGUUUUGUUUUUGUUUCUUUCUCUAUUUUUUAAAUUUUAUUUUGAAUUCUGAUGAUACCUUCAGCGUUGAGAUGGCAACUACAGAAAUAUCAAAGUCUGAUUUUUAUCAUAAAUUGUGUUUGUGUUUUAAAAGAAAUGUUUGCCUCUUGUUUUUGUACAUAGAUAUUAGAUCUUGAGCAUCAUUUUAGAGGGAUAGGUAGUACUAGGCC